AUGUUGCGUAACACCACUGUCCGCCUCUCAAGGCCUAUGGUUUUUCAUGGUAGAUUAACCAGGUUGCAGUCGACUUUUACCAUCCCAAAGACACAAAAGGGUGUCGUUUUCUAUGAACAUGGUGGAGAAUUGCUGUACAAGGAUAUUCCCGUGCCCAAGCCAAAACCCAACGAGAUCUUGGUCAAUGUGAAGUAUUCCGGUGUCUGUCACACGGAUUUGCAUGCUUGGAAGGGUGACUGGCCGCUUGCUACCAAGCUGCCAUUGGUCGGAGGCCACGAAGGAGCUGGAGUUGUUGUUGCUAAGGGAAAAGAUGUGAAAAAUUUUGAGAUUGGUGAUUAUGCGGGGAUCAAGUGGCUGAACAGCUCUUGUAUGUCGUGUGAAGUUUGCGAACAGGGCCAUGAAUCCAACUGUUCUCACGCUGAUCUUUCUGGCUACACGCAUGACGGUACUUUCCAGCAGUACGCCACGGCAGAUGCCGUUCAAGCUGCUCAUAUACCUAAGAAUGCGGAUUUAGCCCAGGUUGCUCCCAUCCUGUGUGCAGGUGUCACUGUGUACAAGGCAUUGAAGACUUCUGGUGCGAAGCCCGGCCAAUGGGUGGCCAUCUCUGGUGCUGCCGGAGGUCUUGGCUCCCUGGCUGUUCAGUACGCAAAAACUAUGGGAUUGAGAGUUUUGGGUAUCGAUGGUGGUGAGCGUAAGGAGCAGUUGUUCAAGUCUUUGGGCGGUGAAGUUUUUAUAGACUUCACCAAGAGCAAAGAUAUCGUAAGUGAUAUCCAGGAGGCUACCCAAGGUGGUCCUCAUGCAGUUAUCAAUGUCUCUGUGUCUGAUGCAGCCAUUUCGCAAUCGACUAAGUACGUAAGACCCACUGGCACCGUGGUCUUGGUUGGAUUGCCCGUUAAAGCCGUCGUCAAGUCUGAGGUUUUCUCUCAUGUUGUCAAAUCCAUUAAUAUCAAGGGUUCUUACGUCGGUAACAGAGCUGACACCAGAGAGGCGAUUGACUUUUUCUCUAGGGGCCUGGUCAGAUCGCCAAUCAAGAUUAUUGGGUUGUCCGAGCUUGGAAAGGUUUAUGAGAUGAUGGAGGCUGGUACCAUCCUUGGCAGGUAUGUUGUUGACACCUCUCGUUGA